AUGGCCAAACCUCAGCCCUCCUGGGGUCUGGGUAUCCCAGGCCCAGACACACCCGCCUCUCCUCGUACCCUGCGAACGCUGCGCAAGAUACAAUCUCACCAAGUGCUGUCAAGCUCCAGCGCGCUGAUUGCCCAGACACAGAACUCUCACCCUGGUGGCCAAUCUGCCGAUUUUGACUCGGGGAUCCCAGGCUCCGCAACCAGAGCGCGCGCCCAUCGUCGCGCUCGUUCAAACAGUGAUGCAUCGACCCGUGAAGCUGCUGCAACACCACCGACAACACAAAGACGACCUGCGCGCAAAACAGGAUCGGGUAUUGGUUUGAAGAGAUCGCUGUUGGAGAACUUCUUGCGUGAUGGACCGCAGAGCGACAAUCCCCGCGAGGGCCUCCAGGAGCUCAAAUACCUCGUUCUUUCCAGCAGAGUGGAUGCCGACGCAGAUGGCAUGUCGCCAUAUCGAAUCUAUCUCUGGUUAAUACUUCUUGACAUCCCCCCAAUGCCUACCGACGACUACCUCGCUCUUAUCCACCGUGGUCGAUCUCCUGCAUACGCCAAAAUCCGCAACGACACCUUCCGCACUUUAGCUACAGACCCUCUUUUCAAACGAAGAGUCACCGAAGCAAGCCUCAUCCGCCUGCUCAAUGCUGUGGCGUGGAAACUUCAUGAUGCCCGACCAAAGCCUCGGUCUCGGCCAACCUCGUCUCGGCGCCGUGAAAUGGAGCUUCUGGUCAACACACCCCCUAGCAUUGCAGAGGAGCCAGCGUCAGUGUUUGGCGGAGAGCUAGAGAAGAACAAAAGCAACCAGCCAUCCGACCCAGCAAUGUACGUUCAAGGUAUGAAUGUAUUAUGUGCGCCUUUCUUGUACGCUGCCCGCAGUGAGGUUGAAGCAUUUGCCCUCUUCCAUUACUUUGUCACGCGCGAAUGUCCUGGAUACAUCCGUGGGGCCAUGGAUGGAGUCCACAAGGGCCUCCGUUUGGUUGACAGAUGUCUUGAGAUUGUGGAACCUAAGCUUGCAGCAUACCUCUUCUCCAAAGGUAUGCAUGCUGAGCUAUAUGCUUUCCCGUCAGUCUUAACUCUCUGUGCUUGUACACCCCCGCUGCCAGAGGUGUUGCAUCUGUGGGAUUUCUUAUUUGCUUAUGGUGCACAUUUAAAUAUCUUGUGCAUUGUUGCCCAGUUAAUACGCAUGCGUGACAUGAUUUUCGAGAGCCCGAGUCCCAACAAAAUUCUCCGCUCUUUUCCACCGCUUGAUGCAAAGGAGAUCAUUGCGUUGACUGUUCUCAUUGUGCGUAAGAUCCCAGAAGAUCUUUAUGCAGAGAUGAUUACCCACGCGAAAUAA